UAGCUUUCUAGUAGCGAAGAUUUGUUCCGAGUAGAGUUACGCUAGAUACCAUUGCUAACAUCACUGGAAUAAACACAAGUCGUGGGAUUUAAACAAGGAGCCAUGGGGAAAAAGCACAAGAAACAUAAACCGGAGUGGAGAACAGUUGAUGACUAUGAGGACAAGGCUCUUGAGAAGCCCCUGAAGCUGGUGCUCAAGGUUGGAGGAAGUGAGGUGACAGAGUUGUCGGGUUCAGGCCAUGACUCCAGCUACUACGAUGACCGAUCAGACUAUGAGCGAGAACGCCACAAAGAGAAAAAGAAGAAGAAGAAGAAAAAGUCUGAAAAGGAUAAAGACAAAUAUGUGGAUGAUGAGGAGAGAAGACGACGGAAGGAGGAAAAGAGGAAGAAGAGAGAGCGAGAGCAGAAUGAAUCUGAGGCGGCAGCGUCGACUGCUGCCCCUACUGGUGUGCCUGUUGAACCUUUCACUCUGCCAAAAAGUAUAACUAUUGCAUUAGAGCCGGAAGAGAAGAAAAAGAAGAAAGAGAGGGACAGAGAUUUUGAGCUUGAGCCUGAAGAGGAUGACUUUCACCCCGGUGUGAAGUUGGAUCUAGACCAGCAGGGAGACAGACCGGUCCGAGCAUGCAGGACCCAACAAGAGAGUGAAUCCACUCCUCGCCAACAGCUGCUGGAGCACUUUCUGAGGCAGCUGCAGAGGAAAGACCCGCAUGGAUUUUUCUCAUUUCCAGUAACUGAUGCGAUCGCUCCUGGUUACUCAAUGAUCAUCAAACAUCCCAUGGACUUCAGCACCAUGAAGGACAAGAUUAGAAACAAUGACUACAACACGGUUACAGAAUUCAAGGCGGACUUCAAGCUGAUGUGUGACAAUGCCAUGGUGUACAACCGACCAGAGACGGUCUAUUACAAGGCUGCUAAGAAACUGCUGCACACAGGAUUCAAGAUGAUGAGCAAGGAGCGGCUGCUGGCUCUGAAACGCAGCAUGUCUUUCAUGCAGGACAUGGACUUCACCCAGCAGGCAGCCAUCUUGGGGGAUGAAGACCUCACAGCUGAUUUACCUCCGACUGAGAUUCUCCCCUUGACAGUGGAAUCAGCGAAGAAGUCCAAGAAACAACCAGUCAAAGAUAUGAAGGAAGAAGCCAGUUACCUCUUUGAACCAGAGGGAAACGCUUGCAGUCUGACUGACAGCACAGCAGAGGAGCAUGUCCUGGCCCUGGUUGAGCAUUCUGCAGACGAAGCUCGGGAUCGAAUCAACAGAUACAUGCCCAGCUCCAAGAUGGGCUACUUGCGUAAAGAACAAGACAGUUCUCUUCUCUAUACUGUUGUGAAUCAGCUUGAUCCUGAUGCAGAAGAAGAGGAGACUCAUAAAGUGGAUCUGAGUUCUCUGUCAAAUAAGCUUCUGCCUGGUUUGACAACAUUGGGAUUCAAAGAUGACAGGAGACACAAAGUUACGUUUCUGAGCAGUGCCUACAACAUUCAGACCCUUCAGAAGAAUUCAGUCUUUUCUGACCUGCUGCCUGAUGAGGUGGACACGCUCUACUCAGCCUACGGAGACGACACGGGGGUACAAUGUGCUCUCAGCAUACAGGAGUUUGUGAAGGGCUGCGGGAGUGUGACGAAGCAGUGGGUGGACGGGCUUCUGGACAAGAUGACGGCCGGCGAUCACACGAAAGCUGUCGGUCAGAUCCGACAGAAGCGAAACAUAACGCUGAAACCUGAUGAAACCAAAUCCAGCAUCUGUGACAUGCAGAUGACGGACGGCUCUGGCCUGGGAGACAGCGGCUCAGUCCUGGACUUCAUGUCGAUGAAGAACUAUCCUGAUAUGUCUCUGGAUAUUUCCAUGCUAAACUCAUUAGGUAAAACAGUGAAAAAGGAGCCAGGCAACGAGGAGAACCAGCAGCACUUUGACGAGGCAGACAAACUCCUGCAGGAGUUCCAGGAGGCCCAGGUGGACCGGGUCGGCUCCAGACCUUCGUCCAAUCUGUCAUCCCUCUCUAAUGCCUCGGAGAGGGACCAGCACCACCUAGGGAGCCCAUCACACCUGGGCGUUGGGGACCAGUCUGAAAUGGUUCACGAUCCCUACGAGUUCCUGCAGUCUCCGGAGCCAGAGAACACGGCCAACAGCUGACCACACACACUGCCUUUCUGUUAUCCUGGUGUUAACAGCACUGGGUUCUUGGCCUUGGACUGUUUAAAUACUGUGGAGCCAGACGGAGCCUCUGAUCUGUUUUAAAGACUGAAUUUGAUUGUACAGACUGUAGUGUAAUUGUAUGGUUUUGUAUGAGUGCAACACUUAAAAAAUAAAUGUUUGCAUCUGUAUUUAUAAA